UGGGGUAUAAAGGCAGAUCCCCCCCAGAAGAUGGUCGGGAUGCCCAAGACGCCUUGAAAAGGUAGCGCUGAGGAUUGCGCCUGGCAGUCCAGGGGCCAUAUUAACCUUGAAAGCAGUUUGCCCGUGGAGUGGUGUUUAACGUUUGUGUGCAUUGUCUCAUCCUCCUGCGCUAAGGCGAAAGGCUGGGGGCACAGCUGCCUACGCGCCCGAACGCGGCUGCGGAGAGCUUUGUUUUCAGAAGGGCUGGAUGCAUGGGAAUUGGUGCUUACGGGUUUGGCCUUACCUCUGUCGGACGGGGUUUGCUCGCGCUGUUGGAGGGUGUCUUGUGCCGGGAGGACUCUCUCUGCGGAAGAGGUUCAGCACAAUGAGUUGGCAUCCUGGGUGUUAGCAGCGUGAGGAGACCAGGACGGCUGCUGCCCUGCUUACCCCUUAUCCCCUCGCUUGUUCCCCUCGGGGAGACGGGUCCUGGUGUCCCUGCCCUGCCCUUCCGCCCCUUGCCCCCCACUCGCCAUAGAGGGGACGGGCCCGUUAUGGCUGGAGACAGGCUCCCACGCAAGGUGAUGGAUCCGAAGAAGCUGGCCAGCCUCCUGAGGAACGGAGCGGAGGGCACCCUGGUCAUUGACAGCCGCUCCUUCGUGGAGUACAACUCCUGGCACGUCCUCAGCUCUGUCAACAUCUGCUGCUCCAAGCUCGUCAAGAGGAGGCUCCAGCAGGACAAGGUCUCCAUCACCGAGCUCAUCCAGCCCGCCUCCAAGAUGAAGGUGGAGGCGGAGGAGCACCAGGACGUGGUGGUCUACGACCAGAGCACGCGGGAUGUGACCGGCUUGGCUGCCGACAGCUUCCUCUCCAUCCUCCUGGGCAAGCUGGACAGCUGUUUCCACAGUGUCUCCAUCCUCACAGGAGGCUUUGCCACCUUCUCGUCCUGCUUCCCAGGGCUCUGCGAGGGGAAGCCAGCUGCCAUCCUGCCGAUGAGCAUCUCCCAGCCAUGCUUGCCUGUGGCCAACGUUGGCCCCACACGCAUCCUGCCGCAUCUCUACCUGGGCUCCCAGAAAGACGUCCUAAACAAGGACUUGAUGACACAGAACGGGAUAAGCUAUGUCCUCAAUGCCAGCAACUCCUGUCCCAAGCCAGACUUCAUCUGUGAUAGUCACUUCAUGCGCAUUCCUGUCAAUGACAACUACUGUGAGAAGCUGCUUCCCUGGCUGGACAAGUCCAUUGAAUUCAUUGACAAGGCCAAGGUGUCCAGCUGCCAGGUGAUUGUGCACUGCUUGGCUGGGAUCUCCCGGUCAGCCACCAUCGCCAUUGCCUACAUCAUGAAGACCAUGGGUAUGUCGUCAGAUGAUGCUUACAGGUUCGUUAAGGACCGUCGCCCGUCCAUCUCGCCCAACUUCAACUUCCUGGGCCAGCUCCUGGAGUACGAGAGGAGCCUGAAGCUUCUCAAGGCCCUGAAGUCAAAAGGUGACCGGGGCGAGGGGGAUGCCCAGCAGGACCCGGCAGAGGCAGCCGAGGGCAGCCGGCAACCCCCACCACCUACCUCAGAGAAGGCCGAGGAGGUGCCAAGAGGCACCAGCUCGGCAUCCCCCCACAGCGACCCCGAGCGGCAAGGCGGGACCCCAAAGGUCCUGUCUCCCACCACCCUGCAGCAGGGGCUCAACGGCUUGCACCUCUCCUCCGAACGCAUCCAGGACACCAACCGCCUGAAACGCUCCUUCUCCCUGGACAUCAAGUCUGCCUAUUCCCCCGGCCUGCGUCAGGACCCCCCCGGACCUCCCGGCCCCGGGGAUGCCCCCAAACUCUGCAAGCUAGACAGCCCCUCGGGCCCUGGUGGCCUCAGCCCCUUCUCCCCGGGGGCAGACAGCCCCGACCGGCCGAGCGGGCCCGACCUCCUGCUGGAGGCCAAGGUGAGGCAGCGGCGGAAGCACCGGCACCCGGCGGGCUCGCCGGCCCACGGGCUCAGCCUCAACGUUGGUGGGGCCUGCACCACACGCAAGAGCCCCAGCGCCGAGGAUGGGCUGCCGCCGCGGCUCGGCCAGCCGGCCACCGCUCCCGGUGCUGCCACCACCACCACCACCGCCGCCGCCACCUGGAGCGGGGUGCACCUGGAGUCCCCCAGCACCCCCUCCGGCGAGGCUGGCUGGUACUUCGGCACGGACUCCGGCGGCGCUGGCGGUAGCGGCGGGAGCCUGUUUGCCGGCACCGGCCCGUAUCCACCGCCCUUUGGCUGCGGUGGGGUGGCGGGAGGCUGCGAGAUCAGACUGAGGGACAAGGCGCGGGCCGAGCCGCGGGACGGGCGGCACAGCUGGCACGAGGAGGCCGGCGCCGAGAAGCAGUUCAAGAGGAGGAGCUGCCAGAUGGAGUUCGAGGAGACCAUGUCCGAGGGCAGGGCCCGGGAAGAGCUGGGCAAAAUCGGCAAACAGUCCAGCUUUUCGGGCAGCAUGGAGAUCAUCGAGGUGUCCUGACACCCAGCUGGGGUGCCUGGAGAGCAGGGACGGGGACGGGGAUGGGGCAGGGGGAUAUUUAAGCUGGGGGAAGAGGGGAGGGGAGGGGGGCAGUGGGCUUGAGCCGGGGGAGUAUUUAUACCCGCGCGUGCAUUUUCGGGAGCACAUGUGCUGAAACCGAAGCGAAGGCCGAUGAGUCUUUCCAGAGUCGGGAAACAUAACGGCGGAUGCUUAGUGUCCCUCCUGCACCCGCCCCGGUCCUUCCCCCACAACCCCAUGGGUCCCAGCCCUUGGAGACCCGCGCUCGAAAUUUGGGCGUAAAAAUGGAGCAGGAAGGGGCAGGGGUCGCAAUUUGGACUGCAGGAAUGGGGCACAGCGCCUGUGGGGGGGACCACAGCCACCCCUCCCCUGCAACCUGGUGCACUAAGCAUUCUCCCCCAUGUUUCUCUGGCUAAGUAUCCUAAAAAUGCUGCACUGGAGCAGCCCUAUACAUAUAUAAAUAUAUAUUAUAUAUAAUAUAAAGAAAAAAAAAACCGAAAACACACACACAAAGGAAAAGGUAAAUGGUUUUACUGCGAUUUUUAUUGAGACGUAAAUAAUAUUUCAAUUUUUUUGUUUUGUUUUUAAUUUAUUGAAGCUGUUCAUUCUGGCAAUGAUUUGCAGACAAUGUGGGGCGGUACUUUCAGCUCUAUUUUUACUGUGUAUGGUAUUUAAAUCUGAAAUACGAGUUUCUAAGCAAUAUCUGAAGCCUGUGGCUCCUUCUAUAGCUCAUGUCGACGACAAAGAUUUUCCCCCCCUUCCUUCUGGGCACAGCGACAGGGGGACAGGAGACUCUUCUGGGCACUUUUUCUAGAAACAAACAAGUGAACGAGCAAACCAUAAAACCUUCUUACAACACAAACUGAGCCAGAAAACUCUCUUCUGGAAGCUGCUGCCGCUUCUUCACCCCCUGAUCUCUGUUUGCUUCUCCUCAUCCUCAUCCCACCCAUCAGUCCCAUCCCAGCCAUCAUCUCAUCCCAGCCGUUGUCCCCAUCCCAGCAUCCUGGCCAUCACCCCAUCCCUUGGGCUGGCCAUCCUCGCUGGCAAGGAGGGAGUCACACAAAAUGGAGGGAAGGGUGCCAGGUGUCACCUCCAGCUAUGCGGAGAAAGGGGAAGGCACUGCAGGCUGCCGCAGCGGAGGCAGGGAGCAGAGGCUGGUGGUAGUUGGUAUUUCCUAUCGGGGGGUGUCUUGCCCACCCACCCCAGCCCCUCGGCUCCCCCUCACCUCAGCCACCUUGCUUGGGAGGUGCGGGCACCGUUUUCCCUUUGGGGUUGGUGGUUUUUCAGGCUUCCCCCAUCCUUCACUUCACAUCCGAGAAACUCGUGCAGUGUUUGCAGCUGCUGGGACUCCCCUGGCCCUGUUUCCCUCUGGGCCAGCUCCCCUCCUUCCAGCAGGUGAUAAGCCGGCUGGAAAUGAAGCUCUGCAAGCACACAGGGGGCACAAUCAACUUUUUUUCAGAGGCGUUUGGCUGCUUCUCCCUGUCCCGGUGGGGAGCCAAGCUCUUGCCCUCAAACCCCAAUGUCGGACUUGCUGAGAAGCUGCUUUCUGGAGCUGUAGGCACUAAACUGCCUCUGCUGCACAGCACAUCUCUCCCUGCGGCUGUCUUUGCUUUCUCCCUUUUCUUGCGCUAGUUUGCAAAGCUAAUACCUCAGGGGUCUCUGUUCGUGCAUGUCUGUGUCCUGUGUCAUCCUUGGAGUGAUGUUUUUUUUUCUUUUCUGGGUCCACACAGUUUCUUUCCCUUUCCCUUCUUCCUCCUCUCGUUGUUCGUUUCUAUCUUUAAAUCAAAACACACGUGACAAAACCAAAUGAUCUCAGGUUUAAAACUGAACACAAAGCAGAGGCGUGAGGAGCUGCAAAUGUGCGAAGAGGGGCUGCUCGCUUCAGCUGGUUGCUUCCCCAACCACCUCUGUGUCCGCAGUUGAGGCGAGUCUCCCCGGAGGCUCCUCACUCUUCAAGCCAGCUUUAGUUUUCUGGUUUUCCACAGGGCCAUUUGGUGAGAUGCUGAGGACCUCCACGUGCUCCUCCCUGGUUUCCCGAGGUGUGGUGGGGAGGGAUGGGGGUGGCUGGAGAGCCAGGGACCACCUGCCUCUCUCCCCACAUUGCUUUUGAUGAGGGCAAGAGAUGUCAUACUCAUCCCUCAAAAACCCACUGCCACCCAUCAUUGCCUCCAGCAACCACCUCAAACCAGCUCAGUGUUGCCAACCUGAACAUUUCUCCCUUCUGUCCACGAAAGGACAAUGACGCUAUAUUCUAAGCUCCCUUUUCAGAUUCCAAUAAGCAUUUGGGUCCAUCCUGUGAGCUGGGCAGCUAUUCAGGAGCUGCACUUGCAGCAGGGUCUCCUAUGUGGGCAUGGAUGUCAAAUCCAAGGAGGGAGGGAAAAAGGCUUCGUUCUCCCUCCGGUAAGCCCCCUGAGCCCAGGGUUAGUGUCACCUGCCUCCUGCCCAAGCAGCACUGCUGGUCCCCCUUCCCCUCCUGCUGCUCUCAGUGGUGGCAUCUCUUCCCAAGCAUGAUAGGGGUCAUCGCCCACUGAUCUCUACUCGGUUUUGCUUAGUUCCUGCCCACAGUCCUCCAGGGUUGGUGCCAGCACAAAUCAACUGAGCUCACAUCAGGCAAGUUGCUGGCGGAAGCUGGUUAGGUGUAGCUUUGGGCAAUGGAGAGCGGGCUAGAUGACUUCCAAAGGAAUUUAAUAAAAAGAGGACAACAAAUCAGCACAACCACUUGGGGAGAUGAGACGAUGUGCUAGUGAGCUCUCAUGUAACCCAUCCCGUUAGCCGACAUGGUGUAUUAUGAGCACAAAAAAAGCAGCUGGAGUAAGGAAGGAGAGAGCGCGUGUUGUAAAUGAGAUUCUGAAUGUCUGCAAAGAGGCAGAUAUGUGGUUUGCUUUUUGUGACCUCCAGUCUGCCAUCCCCGGAUGCUCCUCAGCCAUGUUUGAGGCUCUAGGCACUAUGGACUCCUCUCUCCUCUGAAACCAGAGCAAAAAGAAGUAGAUUUUAAGAUUAGUAGAUCGUAUCGGCCAAGAGACAUUCAUGACCCACCUCUGCAGCCUUAUUUUGAUGUGCUCUGUGUUCAUCCUUCCCCUUUACGUUGGGCAAGUGCACUAGAAGGCCUCUCAUGCAAUAUUUUAAGGCUACAUCCAGAAAAUAUGCCUUGAUGGAGCAGCCCUGCCUGAGUGUCUCCUGCCAGUGCUGACUCAAAGCCACCAGGGUCACUGAGUGGCUUGCAAUUAACUUAAAUGCUUUUUUUUUAAGUCAGAUUGUGUCUAAUAGGCCGUUUUGUCCAUGAAUCAGAGAGCUGUGAGUUUUCACAAGGAUGGAUGUGCCAGCUGGUAGCCCUCCCCAUCAUCUGUCAGUCAAGUCUUUUUAUGGGCUCUCGCAGACAGGCAACCCAACCCAAAGCCUCACUGGAACCAAAAAUCAUCUUUCCAUGCCAGUCUUUAUUAGUAGGGACCCACAGUGGCAGAAGUGUGAGCAGAGGAGAGGAAAGGUCUCUCCUUUCAAGGGAGGAAUCAACAAAGCUGUUGAGUGCCUGAUGGUCAUGACACCAGCAAUGGCUGAGCUUUCCACCACACAAAGGACAGAGCAAACCCCAGCUUUCCUUCAAGCUAGAAGGGACAUUGUUCACUUCCCUCCAGCUCCCCCAGGGAGCCUCCCACUGAGCCCCCCAGCCACCUCCUUCCCAGCUGCCUUUUAUGGGGCUGAGCGAAGCUGGCAGGAGGGCAGCCAUCAGGUUGGCAACACUGAGCCAGAGGCUUGGGUCGGAGCAGGCUCAUCCGCAGCCUUGGCAGCAGCAUCCCCAGCCCCUGCUGCCUUCCCAGCCCUUCUCUUUGUCUGCUUGUUUCUUUGGACAUCCAUCCCCAUUACAUUUGCCCCUUAGGAGACGAUGCCCCCCAGAACCCCCUCGUGCUGUCCUCUUCCCCCUCCCAUCCUUAAUACUAAUGAUAAUAAGCUAUCAGUGUUGUCAUUGCAAUCUAUGAAUAAUAGAUUUGAGUAUUUAUGAUUAUUAUUAUUAUUAUUAUUAUGGUUAUGAUUCUGUACUUUUUUGCUUCUUACUCUUUGUAUGUUGCUCUUUGUUUCUCUGUUGUGAAUAAACGCAAGGCCCCAACAUACCUUCUCUCUGCUCCCCGCAGCCCAGCUGGGGCUGCACUAGCCACAGCUCCCAGCUGUCCUGAGCCCCAGGAGGCAAACCCUUGUCAGAGGAGCUGGAGGGUGGUGCUUCCAAAGGGUGUAAACGCACCCAAACCCGGGGCGGAUCCAUUCUCUUAACUCUUCCCCUCCCUUUCUGUGGCUCCUCUCCCCCGAACAGGUACCUGCUCAUGUUUGCAAGAGGCAGGAUUAAAUUCCAAAAAAGAUUAAAACUUUUGUAACAGCUUUAAGGAGUGCUGGCCAGGCAUCUUCACCGACAGGGGGUUCUUGGUCUGCCAUCACAGGGCUGGUUUGCAAAGCUCCCCCUGGCUCAGCUGAGCCUGUGCCCUGGCACCCCAUUUUAGCCAGGUGCCCUGGGCUUUCUUGGCUUGAGUGUCCUCCUCCUGCCGGUGAGCUCCCCCUGCCCAGGGACAGCACAGCCUGGGGAGGACACACAGAUGGUGUUAGAGUGAGCUCAGUGGCAGGGCAGCAAGGAGAGAUGUGAGCAGCCCCCAGUACCUCGAGGAAUUCAGAAAGGGGCUGGGAAUGGCUCCCAACAUGGGAUUGGAUACAGCUUUCAUCCAACACUGAUAAAUUGGGGUUUCGUAAGUGGAUAGAAUCCAGGGAUGCUUUUUUGCAACCAUUGCCUGGGCUUCUUGUACAACCUGGAGGUUUCCAGAUGGCUGUAAGGUAAAGGAGGAGAAUUUAGGGGAAGGCAAUAGGAACCACAUCUGCACUGUGGUACAAAACACUCUCCGUACUGCGCCAGCCCUGUGAAGAGUCAUUUUAAUUUGCAGGGUUUAAUACUGUCCUUCUCCAAGCAGCCUGGGCACGGUCUCUUGUCUCUGUCGUGACUUUGCUUUGCCAUGGCUUGGGGUCCUUCUCAUCAUGCUGUGCUGAACUCAUUUCCGAGGUUGCUCUGAGAUCGCAUCGGAAAGCAGAGAGCUCAGGUCUCGUCCCUCUCUCGGGGGACCCUGGCAGACCCCUGUUUGUGUCCCGGUCCGGCGUCACCCUUCCUACCUCACCUGCCUUUGGGGCAGCCGUGGACAGGGAGGGAGCAAGCAGGUCCCAACAGCACUGGGGCUGAGCCUCCUCAGCUGCUGCCCCUAUCCCUGCAGGAUCAGGCCCUUCCUCAGCAAGCACAACACGGGGAGGGGGUCUGUGCCCACCCUGGCAUACCUGGGGACUACCAAGCAGGCAAGAGAGGCUCUGGCCACGAGCUCCACCACGCUCCCUUCCUCGCUGCCAAUUCGGCCAGCGCCGGCAUCGGACCCGGGGAGACACCCUGCCCCUGCCUCGUCUUUAUUUAUUUAUUACCAGAGGCUGUAAACAGCAGUGCUUUUCUACCCUCUACUUUCUUUUCCUUUCUUUUGUAUUUUGGAACAACGUGUUGUAAUAAAUA